AUGAAAAAUCGUUGGACUCGCUGUAUCGAUCGACCUAAAAGGAGACUCUCAACUGUUCUGCAACUACUUACUUAUGUAUGUAUUGUUGUGGUGUCGAGUGUUCCUCAAGAUCUAAACAACCAAAUUAGACAAAUUAUUACUGAUGACGGUUACCCGUUUGAGGAAUAUAACUUGAAAACACAGGAUGGCUACUUUCUUACAAUUCAUCGUAUACCAGGCGGAAAUGGAGAAAGCAUUAAUAAAACCCAACCAAAUAAGCCUAUUGCUUAUCUCGUCCAUGCCCUUACACAAAGUUCCAUAGAUUGGGUUUCUAUUGGACGAAAUGUAUCCCUAGCUUAUCUGCUCGCUGACAAAGGAUUUGACGUGUGGUUGGGAAAUAACCGAGGAACAAUUUUUGCCCAAAAGCAUCAAACUUACUCAACAACGAGUUCCAGCUUCUGGAACUUUAGUUGGCACGAAAGUGGUGUUAUCGACAUUCCCGAAACAAUAGACUUCAUUUUGAAUGAGACUGGAAAAAGUGAAAUCUUUUUUGUAGGAUAUUCCCAAUCAUGUACCGAAUUAGUUGUCAUGGGAUCUCUUAAACCUGAAUACAAUAAGAAAAUAACUUUAGCUGUGAACAUGGCACCAGCUGUUUUUACUGGGCAUGUUAAAGGACUUUUGUGGCUGCCAUUAAUGAUUCUCGGUCGUUUUAUCUCAGGAAUCCUUGAUAAUGUAGGUCACUUCGGCAUUAUAGUUUCACCUUUUUUGGUAUAUAUUGAUACCUUUAUUUUCAAACAUAGAAUAUCAACGUUCCUUAUUUUUAUCCUUAUAUAUUCAGCUUCUGGAAUCGACUACAAUGGUACAGAUUUGGAAGUUGUAAGAAAAGAAAUUGUAUAUAUUCCUGGGGGAUUAUCUACAAAACAAUUGACUCAUUACAGCUUCGGUUUCAUUAACCCAGGUACUUUUCGACAAUAUGAUUAUGGAAAAAGUGAAAAUAUGAGAAAAUAUAACUCAACAAUUCCUCCAGACUAUCCCCUGGAAAAAGUGACUGUACCUAUUGCCAUUUUUCAAGGGCUUCAAGAUUUCUUAGCUUCUCCAGAAGACGUUGAAAUACUGGUAAAUAAACUUCCAAAUGUUGUCUGUAGAAAAAAAUUCAAGCAACUAAGCCACACGAGUUUUGCUUGGACCAGAGGAGUAAAAAAACUCGCUUACGAAAAAAUUGUAGAUCUAUUUAUCAAUUACGGAAGAAACAAAUCUUGUAACUAGAAGAAAUAAAAUAAACAUCGUGUUACAUUAAAAACUUUACAAAACCAUCCACAUUAUUGACUUUCCAUCUGCAGCUUAUAUUGA